UGUGUAUUUGUGUGUCGGUACGUGUGUGCUCGACCGGAAAUCCAUAACUUUUGUCUACGUGAACCUAGAGCUGACCUGAAGUCUAAAUUGGGCACGAUUACUGGAGGCAGAAAGGUUGGGUCAUUGCUGCUUAUAACUACAAUACGAUGGCUUCCGACUCCGAUACGCCUGUCCUCGGCACUGAACUCAAUCUGACUCAAGAGCAAGUGAACUCUUAUAAUGAGGCUUUGAUGGAUUACGGGUUGUACGUAAUGUCUGAAUCGGUACCGUUGGUGUUGGACACAUCACUGCUCACUGCAGACGACAAAGAUAUGCUGGCGAAGUUUUCACCAACAUAGUUCCACCAACAUAGACUAGAACAUUGGCUUUUCCCCCUUUCAGUGCUCUCCUGGGAGAAAGAACACCUCCAUCGGCGUGUCUUCGGUUAUUCGUCGAGCAUCAACCGGCGGUUCCUGUGAAGAAGGAUGUCUUAGCAGAGAUAAACUUCUACUACGGCUCUAUAAAGAACCCCCGAUCCGUGUUUGUCGAAACGGGCUUCGCCGGCGACGAUGAUGGUCUCGCUUCGAUUGCCAGAAUCAACGCAGAAGUCGAAGAGAGCACUGGUGGUCGCGUAAACUUUGUCGUUCGUGAGGAUAACGGGCCUAACAGGAGAGCACAAAUGGUGCUGGUGUCGGCUUCUGACUGCACAUUCUUUUGGCGUUUCGAUGGGAAACGUGGUCCUCUUCAGAGAUGUCAGUUCUACGACACAUCUGCCAGUGACAUAGACGCGAUGAGCUAUAUUGAAGUUUGGCCAUGUGAAGGACUUUUUCGAUAUUCUUCGAGUGAUGGUGAACAACUUUUGGAGUUGGAUUCCUACGACGAAGGAUUCAAACUGUACCUUUACAAAACAAAAGUCACGAAGCUCACGACGAAAGCCUUUCUUCAGGCCAUUGAUACUCAGCUUGGAGCCAAAAGUCAGCUCAGAUCAGAUUUGACCGGAAUAUUCUAUCGAAGUCAUUCGUUCUAUCCGUAUUUCAUCACGCUAUGGGAGCACUAUCACAAAGCCAGAUUCAUAAUUGAAUCAGAAAAGCCUGAGUCCGUAGAAAAAAGGCCCAAAAGCGCCUUUGUUGGAAGCAAGCUGAAUUGUACUGUGGAACAACGGCUGUUGAGGAGGAAGUAUCAGAAAGAAGUGGCCCCUGCCCGUUGUGAGAAGCUCAAUUUGUACAAGUAUUACGAUUGCGAGCCCAAGGAUCUGACUGUUAUCAAUCCACAUACACCGCAAAUUGAGCCUCCUCAUUUGGACGACACCUAUGUAAGAUUUGACAUGCCCUUUUUCUUCAUGGUUACAAAAGAAGGCCCAUUCGGCAGGAUUGUACAGUGUAUAGGUCGAUUUAAUAAUGUCUCCGCUGUUCAUAGAAGUACUGGUAAAUCAAGCUCUGUGGAUGUGUAG